UGGGCCCAGAUCGGAGAGGGCACAGGGCCAGGGACUCUGGCCAGACAUAGGCCCAGGUCUGUGGCUGGCCAGCUGCAGCUGUGGGGCCCGGCAUGUGUCUCAACAUGGCCCUGGAGCUCUACAUGGACCUGCUGUCAGCACCCUGCCGUGCCGUCUACAUCUUCUCGAAGAAGCAUGACAUCCAGUUCAACUUUCAGUUUGUGGAUCUGUUGAAAGGUCACCACCACAGCAAAGAAUACAUUGACAUCAACCCCCUCAGGAAGCUGCCCAGCCUCAAAGAUGGGAAAUUUAUCUUAAGUGAAAGCGUGGCCAUCCUUUACUACCUGUGCCGCAAGUACAGCGCACCAUCACACUGGUACCCACCAGACCUGCACACACGUGCCCGUGUGGAGGAGUUCAUGGCUUGGCAACACACGGCCUUUCAGCUGCCCAUGAAGAAGAUAGUCUGGCUCAAGUUGCUGAUCCCAAAGAUAACAGGGGAGGAAGUUUCAGCUGAGAAGAUGGAGCAUGCAGUGGAAGAGGUGAAGAGCAGCCUGCAGCUCUUCGAGGAGUAUUUUCUGCAGGAUAAGAUGUUCAUCACCGGGAACCAAAUCUCACUGGCUGACUUGGUGGCCGUGGUGGAGAUGAUGCAGCCCAUGGCAGCCAACUAUAAUGUCUUCCUCAACAGCUCCAAGCUAGCUGAGUGGCGUAUGCGAGUGGAGCUGAAUAUCGGCUCUGGCCUCUUUAGGGAGGCCCAUGAUCGACUAAUGCAGUUGGCCGACUGGGACUUUUCAACAUUGGAUUCAAUGGUCAAGGAGAAUAUUUCUGAGUUGCUGAAGAAGAGCAGGUGACCCUAGGCGCAGCCUGUCCCGCAGGGCCUGGCUGGCUUAGCAAUCUGAGCCACCUUCCUUAAAGGAAAUACUAAAAAAAAACAAAAACAAAAACAAAAAACUGUUCUUUGCCUAAUAAAGAACUGGAACAACCAUCACA